UUGAAGUCACAACACAACAUGAACGAAAGUUUUGCACUGUUUGCAAAUUUGUUGUGAUAGAGAUUACACAGUUCACUUAGCUUGAUCGAUUAUUGUCGGUAUAAAAUCGAUCAUAGUAUUAUAACUAAUUGAUACAACGAUGGAAUACCGAGAAACAACACGAUGGUUCCUAAAACGUCUUCAUCAGAAUGAACAUUUAAUUGUUAAUAUUGCUUCCGAAACCGAUAUCAGUCGGUCUCCACGGUCGGUUAUUCCAUUGAAUAGGGCUUCCUUCCAGCAUAUAUCUAAAAAACAUUGUAUAAUAACUUGUGUCGAUGGAGUGGCGACCUUAACUGAUGAGACGUCCACGUCCGGGACGUACGUAAACAACCGGAGAUUAAGUCGAGAAACGCCUGGAUCAGUAAUACUUAAUGAAGAUGAUUUGAUCGGUAUUGGUUCACCUUGCUUUCAACAACAAACCUUUUACCAAAACAAUCGUCAUGUGCUGUUGUACCGGGUUUGCAAGGAUCGGAAUCGUGUCAUCAGGGAUGGUGACGUGGAUACUAUUUUAUCUAGCGACGAAGAAGCAGAACCGAUACUUCGAAGGGUGCCACAAGAAGUACCGCCAAACGUUCCUAAACCAGAGGAAGAGCAACAAUAUCGAGUAUUGGAGAACAUUGAUCUAUCCUCCGAUGACGAUGAUGUAGUCGUUCUAGAUUCAGGAAAAAGAAUAGCAAAGCUUGAGGAAGUUAUUUUUGUUGAGACUGAACGACAAGCAAAAGAAAUUGAAAAUAAGCAACAGAUACAAGCAGAACUGGAACGAGAUAACGAGCGAAGACAGAAACAUGAAGAAGAAAGAAACCGCGAGAAAGCUAAGAGCAUAGCAGCCGAGCGCCUAAAAGUCGAAGAAACCGAACAAUUCGGGAACGACAAUGAUCAGAAUAGAGAAAAGGAGUCCAUAAAAAUUGUACAGAAUGCAGAUGCAGUUCGAACUAAAGAUGAUAAUGCGACACUUGAGCGAGUUCAUAGAAUGGUUGAAACGACAGGAACGAAAAUUCAACCGCUGCAACAGGAAACACAGAAUAAACAACAAACAGAAACUUCAAUAACAAGAGAAGAACAUAGAACAGAUCGGAAAAAUACAGAAAACAACACAGAUGAUGAGCGAUGUGGAAAUAAAAAUGAUACUGAAAUAAAAACGGAUCGAGCUGAUAAACACCAUUUGAAACUCAACGAAGAUAUGCAGGUAAAACUAAAAGAACGAAGAAAGUCGAUAACCAACAAAGACAGGUACAGAAAUGAUAGAAAAAGAGAUAAACACAAAUCUUAUCAUUCUAAAGACAAGCAAAGUCAUAGAGAAAAGGAUGAGAAAGGGCACAGGGACCAUAGAAAUCAUAAAAGUAGCCAUAGUAGCCAUUCAAGUCGAAGCGAUCGAAAAAGACAUGAUCGGAAGAAAGAAGAACGAAUCCCGAUAAAACAGGAUGAGGUUAUUGAAUUGGACCCAAUCGAAGAGCUGUUCAAAGAUUCACUUGCACUGUCAUGUCCAGAAGAGACCUCAAUUCCGAUCAUUUCAAUUGAUAGUGAAUCCGAUGAUGAAAAUGACUUCAGUGAGAAAAAAUACUCGCAAAACUAUUACCGACAAAUAAAGCAAGAAGCUCAAGAAGUUGAUUUGCUUAAUGAUGAACCACAGAUGGUGGACAAGUUAGCAAGCGACGUUCCGGUAUUGGGCCAUACAUUGGACAAUUUUUUCACGUCAGAUUCGGAAACGAUCUACAUUUCCGAAGACGAUGAAGAUGAACAAACUCUGGAAGAUUCGAAACGAUGGUUUAUGAGGUUAUCUCAGAAGAAUUCUCCUCUUAGAACGAAACCAAACAAUAUUGAACACAACGUGAAGAAUCCUGAUGUUUCUGAUACUUCAGUUUCUCGGUUAAAAGUUACAGCAAAUUGUAAUGGUAUUACGCCAUUGAACGCUAAGGUCAGUGAUAUCCAAUCAUGUUUGAGAUUACCGAUAUCGGAACAUGAAGCUAAAAAUCUUGGUCAACAAUCUGCUAUAGAAACUACUGUCAGUAAACAUUCUGAUGAUAGUAGCUCGAAACAACCGCUGCCUCUGAAACUUGGUUCAAAUUCACCCAAGAGAAAACGCAACCUGUCGGACGUGUCUCCAUUAUUAGACUUCGAUGUGGUGCAGAAAGACGAUGAUGGCAAAAUAAAUUUAGACGAUUCGUUUUUCUCGAGCUUUUUAGAAUUAGUCGACCCUCCAGAACAAAUCGCGGAUGAUAGUUAUAAACCACCGGAAACUAAAAAGCAGAAAAUUUCUGAUAAGUUCAUGGUAGAACCAGAUAACUCUCGGGAUCAUCAGAAAUCCCUAGAUACUGGAAGCUCAGUUUCUGCUGCCAAUAUUGCCAAGGCUGCCGGUUUGAAACCGACUUUGUCGGACUCUGCACGCCAUGGAGUGAAUGAAAAAAAUUCAAACAGUGCCUCGAAUGCAUGGAUUAAACGAAAAGUGCCUUUUGUGGAACCGCACUGCAUCUUGAAACGAAGGAUGAGUACGAAUAAUGGUGCAUCGUCUUCCAAAAUAUCCAGUUUGAAAAAGCAAUCACCAACUCGCAAAUCCGGUCAUUCGAAUGAAACGCGAAAGGAAAAACUGAAGGCUAUUCAGUCGGCUAAACCUCCAUCAAGUGAUCGGGAUACCAAAGGCAGUAAAAAGGCAACCAUUCCGAAAGUUAAAUUCACGCCAUGCAAUCGAGGUGCGUUCCUCGUGGAGGAUGUUUCCUGCCUGAAUAAAACGAAUAACGAAAAUCAAUCGGCAUCAACCAACGGUGCCGACGAGAAGUUCAUUUGUACGCAAUCUACUUCCUUGGAAAAUCUUCCCGUAGUAGAAACUAUGAUUGAAGAAGCUCUGUCUAGAGCACCGAAACUCACGUUCACUAGUGUCGCCAGAGUGAGCAAUGUCGCGUCAUCGGCGCCGAUUUUCAAAAUUCCCAAACAUCGUCCACCGACGGUUCCUAAACCUGCAUCUACGACCGACGACACUAUCAAUACACUUUUGAAUACCAUCGAAGAGCCGAUAGCAAUUCUCACUGCUCCGGAAGUUGCCGAGCCAGUAGUCAGUAGUAAUUCGAUCUCUUCUAGUAUUAUUAGUAGUAGCGAUGGACCGAAAUCUAUUCUGAUAAGGCCCGAUAAUCCAUCGAGAAAGCGGUCCAAUCGCGUUACUUGGAACGAAACGCUUAGCGAAACACGGGUCUUUCAAAUUGAUGAUGGAAACGACCUUUGCGUGAAAACGAAAUACUACAGAGAGGACAAUGAGUGCCGGAAUAUGUCUUUGGUCAACUGUCAGAAUGACAUUAUUUUGGAAAUCACUAGCUGGGAUGCCAAUUGGUUUGAUAAUCCAUCGGAAGCCAGCAUCUGCGAAGGAAAGCUACUGCCUAUGGUGGAACAAUACAAGGAUUUCGAGGACUAUAAGCGCAUUGUGCUGCCGAUUCUGAAGAUCGAAUUGUUUCACGACAUUCUGGCUCAGUACGGAGAGUUGAAGAAAACUGUUCAAAAGUCCUUGCAGAUGAAGUUGAAUCAGAUUCACUCGCAAAGUAGGACUUUUGUACUCAACUGUAGUGUGGAAAAUAGUACACAUCAAAGCAUCAACAACAAGGACUACGUGUUGAUUAUGUUCACCGACAAAUCCACGGGUAAGGAGCUUCGAGUGCCCGCCGUUGUAACCACUCGACGACAGUUGAUUCAAUACGCUGAAAAUGGAGUCAAGUUCUACCAUUGUUCGUUGGAAACGGCUAAGACACCUCUCUCGCAGCGUAUCCGUGACGGUUCCGGGGAAAACUUCCGCAUCCUAUCGGUUACCCAAAUUAAUCUGCAUAUGCGGCAAUUCCAAGUUCUGUUUAAUUUACAAAGCUCUCCUCUGCUAGAGAAUAUACUGUCACCAAGGAGUAACUUCUACAGUACCAACAAUCCGGUUGACCGUCGGUCCUACAAGGGAAAGGUAUGUAUGGCUUCGCAUCAACCAAGUGAUCGCAAAAAUGAUCUAAUAACAACGCAUAUCCGAAAGGAGGUGCUCAACGCUCGCCAGGGUGACAUUUUACUAAACGUGUUUAGACAGUGCUUGGACAUCGCUCAGCCAAACAUUAUGCUGAUUCAGGGUCCUCCGGGAACAGGAAAAUCUAGACUCAUCAGCAAUCUAAUUAUGCAGAUACACCGUGGCGCGCCGAACAAUAAACGGCUUAAAAUCCUCGUUUGCGCUCAGUCGAAUACGGCAGUCGAUGUCAUCGUACUGAAAUUGAUAAAAUUGUUCAGAUUAUUGGCGAAAGAUGAACAAAGCAACAUAUUGCGAACAGGAACGGGAAACAAGAUUAAUCAUGAGUGCAGGAUGGUUUUCCUGGAUGAUUUAGCACGAAAACAGGUUAACGAGCAAAUUAAACGCAGAAAACUUAGAGACGAAGAUCCUGUUUUUGAAACGUUCUAUUUAGAGAGAGAGACUUUAGAUCGCAAAAUCAAAUACCUCCAAGCUAACGCCAACAGCCACAAUGGUCUGGCAAACGAAGACCUCAAUCAACUACAGGAUAAACUUAAUCGAAUAAAUCAACUACUGCCAAACAAUAUUAAUGAUAUAGAUUUGCACGAUAAAAAUCGACGGCACAUGGAAAUAGCAGCAAAGAAACAGCUGGUGUCAAAGGCUGACAUUGUCUGUACCACGCUGGGAAGUUGUGGUGCUUUGAUGGAAUACAAUCAAUCGCUGAAAUUUGAUGUUUGCAUUAUUGACGAAGCGACUCAGUGUACGGAAAUUGCAUCCUUCACGCCACUGCAGUACGGUGUCAGAAAGUUGAUUCUGGUGGGUGAUGUCAAACAACUUCCGCCGUUUGUUUUUGGAAAGGAAUCGGCUGAAGCGGGUCUGAAAAAUUCUUUGUUCUCUCGGAUCCAAAGCUCUUUCAUCGGCACGCAGUUGGAGGGUGUGAAAAUGCUAACUACACAGUAUCGUAUGCAUCCGGAUAUAGUCAAGUGGCCGAAUGAAUUCUUCUAUGAAGGAAAGCUAGCCAGCGAUCUGGAGGCAACGAAAUGUGACGAAUUUCCGUUUAAACCGUACACAGUUUUUAGUUUGGAUUAUCAGCAAAAUCAGACUCAAACCGAACAUCAGAUUUAUAACAAUGAUGAAAUCCAGUUCGUACUCAAACUUCUCUCCGAGAUCAUAAAAUUCUGUGAGCGUCACAUAACGAUCGCAAUAAUUACUCCAUACACACGGCACAAACGAGAAUGUGAGAAAUAUCUACAGCAAAAGAAAAUUACUCAAGUUUCGGUGCUAUCGAUCGACUCCGUUCAGGGUCAAGAGUUUGACGUGGUUAUAAUUUCGUUGGCACGUUCUAUUGGGACCGGUUUUCUAGAGAGUCCGCAGCGUUUGAAUGUGGCAUUGACUCGUGCCAGGAAAUGCCUUGUUUUGUGUGGCAACUUUUCGGAAUUACAGGAUACUGACGUAUGGUCUGCCUUACUCAAGGAUGCCAAGGAUCGGAAUUUAUUUUAUCACAUCGAGGAUGAUGAUGAGUAUGAUGACGUCGAUUCAUUUGUUGAAAGAGUUAUGCGGAACCUAAGAAAAAAUACUCCAACUUAAUGAUAACGAUGAAUGUAACAAUGAGACUGAUGUUUCGAAAUAGUACCGUCAAAAUGAGCCAAGCUCUCGUGAUGGAAUAAAAAGUAUGAAAUUACCGCGUGCUAUCUGUUGGUGGUUAUAUAAGGCAUUUAGCAAAUUUCAUAAAAUAAUUCCUGCAUUAGAGAUGUUAUGUACAUGUUUUUUUUUGUUCAUGUAUCGCGUAAUAUUUUAGGAGAAAUCAACCAAAUAUAUUUUUAUAAGAUAAUAUUAUGUCA